AUGCUCAUUGCACAGAGCGCAAUCGUCGCAAGUAAGACGACAAACUCAGAUGUUCGCAUAAACCACAUUCAGGUCAUUGGAACGCACAACUCUUAUCACCGGGAGGUAUCUCUCGCGGAACGUGCGGUGUUCGAGAAGUAUAUUCCUUCUCCAGAAGACUACUAUUACUCCCACACGACACUUCCAAUCCAGCUGGAGCACCAGUCUGUUCGCUCACUCGAGCUUGACUUGCACUCUGAUGAGAAGGGCGGACUUUACUACCCUCCCUUGGUCUGGACAUUGUCCAAUCUUACGAACGCCACUACUCCGUACGAUGGUUCUGUAUUGCAGAAGCCUGGCAUCAAGGUCUUUCAUGUGACAGAUUUCGACCCCGACGCCGUAUGUCACACCUUCGUAGAUUGCCUAACUCAGCUUAAGAGCUGGUCGGACACAAAUAAGAACCACGUGCCUAUCAUCAUCGAUCUCGAACUUAAGACCGAUGCACCUGCUUGCGCAGCUGGCGGCGUUUGCCCUGGCGAGGCCACGAAUUGGACACUAUCUCGCCUCCUCAACGUCGAUGCAGAAAUUCUCUCGGUCUUUCCUAAGAAGCAACUCAUCAGGCCCGAUGAUGUCCGUCAAGGCAAUCUGACACUGGAACAAAGUGUGCUGCAGAAGGGAUGGCCUCUCCUCAACGACGCCCGUGGCCGCUUCAUGUUCUUCUUCGACAACGACCCGAAGCCCACUGAUUCCAAUUCUCCCCGCGAGCUGUACAAAUCCGGUGGUCACGAAUCCCUCCAGAACCGCACCGUGUUCACCAAUUCUCUCGAGGGUUCGUCGGACGGUGCAGUCAUCAAGCACAAUGAGCCGCGUGGCAAUGACACAGCUGAGAUUCAGCGCUUGGUGAAGAAGGGCUAUAUCGUUCGUACGCGAAGUGAUGUGCCGCUCGACACCAUCCUCAACAGGACCACAGAGAUGCGCGACUCCGCAUUUGCAUCUGGUGCGCAUAUAGUCAGCACUGACUUUCCAUCAUGGGGCAUGAGUGCGAGGUGGGGAUGGGACUACGUGUCUCAACUGAAGGAUGGCAGGGUCGCAAGGUGUAACCCAGUCAACGCGCCUAAGGGCUGUAAGGAUAGCAAGCUCGAGUAA